AUGAGCGGAGUGUAUAUAACACUCGUAACAUUACUAAUUAUAGUGAGUAUUAAAUUGACUCAGCUGCAGCCAAGAAAUUGUGGUCUUCGAGGAGGUUUAAUUGCUGUGACUGGCAUGGAGGGUCAAAACCCUCCACCUACACCAGCUCCACCGCCGAAGCCGCCACCUCCACCAGCUCCUCCUCCAAAACCGCCUCCUCCUCCUGCGCCUCCCCCAAAGCCUCCGCCAACGCCUCCUCCAGCACCUCCUCCAGCUCCCCCACCGGCUCCUCCACCGAAUCCUCCUCCUGCACCACCACCAAGGCCUCCUCCAGCACCACCUCCAGCACCACCACCGACACCUCCACCAAUGCCUCCUCCGGCACCGCCACCGCCGCCGAACCCUCCACCACCACCGAAGUUAUCUGUUUCAUAUACAGUUGUCUUAAGACUUCUGCCCUCACCACCAACUAUUACACUCACCACAAGCAUUGAAAUAACCAGCAUUCCACAUUGCUUGAGCUUGGAAGCCAUCUUUUCUACCUGCCUCGGCAAUAAUACUCUUCACAAAGACUUUGCACUUGCUAGAUUGCCUUUAUAUAGUUAA